CUACUGAUUUGAUUUUAUCUACUGUUUUGAUUUUUGAUUUUAUAUACUGUUUGUUUGUUUGUUUGCUUGCUCGUCUUAAUCAAUUUUAAAUCAUGUUUUUUAUCUGUUGUUUUCAAUGUUUCUGUGAAGCACCUUGAAUCACCCUGUUGUUGAAUUGUGCUAUAUAAAUAAACUUGCCUUGCCUUGCCUUGCCUUGCCCCUUUCCUGAACCCUAUAGAGGAGUUCUUCUCAUCGUGGAGAUGGAAGGUUUAUGACAGACAACCAUACACAAGAGAGAACCUCCUAAGGGCAAUGGAGCUGGCCUGUGUUGACAUCCCAGCGGAGGCCUUCCAAGGAUGGAUUCGCCAUUCCGGGGCGUUUUUCCCGCGGUCCCUGGCGGGAGACAAUAUAGCCUGCGAUGUGGAUGAGGUGAUGUGGCCCGAUGCAGCUCAGCGACACGAUGCUGCACAGUGAUUUGAGACUGUUGGAUUAAGUCUGAAGUCAGGAUCUUGAAGUUUCAGCAUGAUGAGCCGUCCGCAGAGCUUCAUAGAAGGUGAAGCUCCUGACUCUCAACAUGCAAAAUCAAAGAGAGGGUCAAAGGUCACCACAGAGAGAGUGGCACUGCUGGUUCUCUGUAUCCUGCUGGCAGCUGCUCUCAUCAUGUCGUUUGACAAAAUUAGAACGAACAAACAGCUCGAAAACCUGAAACAUCACAAAAUGAAGUGUGAAAGUAAUCUGACAGAGACUCUCUCUAAGAUAAAACCAUGCAGCACGGUGCAGCCGACCUGUCCAGGACCUAAAGUAAUAAAUGAUCCUUGUUAUAUAUGUGAAGAAGGCUGGGAGCUACAUGGAGGAAAGUGCUAUUACUUCUCCAUCAGUCAAUCAUCCUGGAAACAGAGCAGAGAUGAGUGUAGAGCUAAAGGAGGAGACCUGGUUAAGAUAGAGAGCAGAGAGGAGCAGACUUUCCUGGAGAGAAGACUGAGAGAUGUAAUGACUGAAGCUGAGGACAAGUUCUGGAUCGGACUGACAGACUCAGCAGUAGAGGGCAGAUGGGUGUGGGUGGACGGAUCACCACUGAAUGAAAGUUUGAAGUUUUGGAGUGGCAAAGAGCCAGACAAUUGGAAAGGGCACAAUGGUAAACAUCCUGAUGGAGAGGACUGUGCGAGGAUGGGAGAAAAAGGUGGAGCUAAAGAUCUGAAUUGUUGGUUUGAUGCAUUUUGCUCAAAGCCUCACAGAAGUAUUUGUGAGAAAGCAGGAGUAAAAGGACAGUUUAAAAACGUAUGUAAAGUAAGUAAGUAAGUAAAUUCACAUAUGAAACUCCAGAAUGAAGUGAUGCAAUUUUUAAAAUAAUGUCACAAACAGAAACAAAAUGAACACAGUAAAAUAAACAUGAGUAAUAUUUUGUAUCUGAUAUUUUGUAGUUUUGAUGUGAUUAACACGAACAAGAAAUGUGGGAGCACCUGUGAAAUUCAUUAACUUUUAAUAAUAAAUUAUCCUGUUUUGUAAACUUAAAGCCAUCUAGAAAGUUAAAAAGUAUUUGGGAUACUGAAUCAAUGAGUACAUCAUAUAACUACAGAAGAACCUAUGAAUUAUUUAUUAUCACUUUUACAGGAAAAAGAAAGGAACGAAGAAAAAAAGAUAUGUGAAGUGUCACAAUGGAAUAAGUAAUUCACGUCAGUGUUAUUAAAAAUAGGAAGUGAGUGUUAUGUCACAUUUAACAUUGAGUCAUCCAGUAUAAGAAAAGGAGGCUGUGAUUCUCGGAGUUUUCAGUGUGAGAAGCUGUUUGUAACUGUUGUAAAUGAUACACAUUUCUUAACUCUCACAUCUGUGGCUCCUGAAAAACCUCUGACAGUGUGGCACUCCUGUCUGUGCUCUCCUGCAUUGUUAUUUAUCUUCUCUGCAUCUUCUCUCUUUUUUAUUUCAAAUCUGUGUCUGAAUUACAAGAAAUUAACAGCAACAGAACA